AUGUUGGAUAGCUACCGUGAGGACUUCAGGCGUAUAUCUAAACACAAGCUAGAGCUGAACAAGGAAAUGGUCACCUAUCUUUACAAACACGAGGAGCCUCUGACAUUGCCAUACAACAAUUUGCAUGGUCAUUCGCCUCCUCCGCCUAAGAUUAUCACCCAGCCACUCUUCUCAGGAUUGGUUGGUCGUUCUGUCCUUGAUACUCGUUGCACCACCGUGCCUGAGCCAUAUCUGUUGGCUAAAGUUGUAGGAUCUGCUCCUACGAGCGAUCUGAGCCUAAUGAAGUCUUUCAACUACGGAGCCACCCGUAUCCCUGCGCCAAACUCCUCGGCGCAAGUCCUCGAGAGCUUCUUCCAUCCUAAUUGGUAUACGGUCGAGACUUCGAAGUGGUUGACAUACAAGCAAAAGAGUCUUAAUCCUCCUUUGGAUUCCAAAUUGGUGAAGCAUCCAAAAGCAGAUGAUUUGAGAGCUUUCGAGAAGAAUAGCAACAUUGUUUCCUUUGCACCAAGCGCCGAUCUGAGAAAAGCUGUCAUGAGCAAAGACACAAAGCUGGCCGUUUGGUUUUCAGACAUAGGUUAUGACAAGUUGUCUUCAAUUCAUAAGAAGAUUGGUGCUGAUGUUGUCCAACCUGAGGUCUCCACAAGUAGCUUGACAGCUGCGAUCGAAGAAAAGCCACAAGAGAAUGGUGUUAAAUCUGAAAAGACCGAAGCUGCGGCGUCAGAAAUCAUUGAAAAGCCAAAGUCAAAUGAAAUAAAACUAAAGAACCUAGCGCUCUUCGUUCCUGAAGCAAAGCCUGUAAUCGAGGAAUUGAGAAAGGAGAACGCAUCAGUGGAAUCUGCACGCGGGGUGCAGCGUGUAAUUUCUCUCAAUUUGUUGAAGUUGCAAAAGUUGAGACAAAAGAGAUUCUUGCAAAGCGCGAACGGCAGUGCACCUUCCCCGAUAGAAAUUGCUACCUACCAAAAGAUUUUGAAACUCCUCACGCUUUUGGUUGACCUGAAAGCUGGCGAAGAGCAAAGAAUUGAUUCAAUGCUUAGCAAAAAGCUUCCAGUGUUGCUCAAUGAUUAUUCGGGCACGUUGCCUGGCUCUGUUUCAUCAAAGCCAGCUUUAGGCGGAAAGACUGGUCGUCUUGCUAGCAUUCGUGCCUCUUACAAAAAGAAGUCUAGAUUUUAA